UUUCUUGGCUUCCUUUCAUUUGCUAAGUUUCCUCCCCAAUUUUUAUUUUUUUUUAAAAAAAAAAAACCAUCUUCAUCCUCUUUUUUGCCUCUUCCAGCCUGUUCUUUUCAUAUUUUUUUAUUAUAUUAUAUUAUAUUAUAUCUUUCUCUAAUGAUUUGCCACCAUUUUCAUUAUUAAAUUCCCCUUUUUAAUUUUUUUUUUCUGUUGUCUCCUUUCCCUUUCUCUAUUUAUCUAUUCUCCCUUCACCUCAUAUUUUCUUCAUUUACUUUUCACAAUUGAAUUAAUAUCGAAGAGAAAUCGAUAUAAUUAUGGCGGAAGAACAUGGAUUUGAAGCACCAGAAGGACAUAUAUUAUGCGCUAAUAACUGUGGUUUCUUUGGUAGCCCAACAACGCAAAAUUUCUGCUCCAAAUGUUACAAUGAAGUUUACAUAAAAGGGGGACUACAAAAACCUAUUGAUUCCCUUUUUCCUCCGCAGCUGCCGAUUCCAUCAACCUCAUCGAUACUGGUGCUGCAGGAAUCGGCAGCUGCGGAGGAAGAACCUGAGGUUGUGACCGCGGCUGUAGCAGUCGCGGUCCAACCGAUUCCUGCACAGCCGAACAGAUGUUCGGCCUGCAGGAAGAAGGUGGGAUUGACAGGGUUCAAGUGCAGAUGUGGGACCACGUUUUGUGGGACCCACCGGUACCCGGAGAUCCAUGGAUGCUCGUUUGAUUUCAAAUCUAUCGGAAGAGAAGCCAUUGCUAAGGCGAAUCCGGUGGUUAAAGCAGAGAAGUUGGGGAAGAUUUAAUCACAGCCGUUGAAUUUAGAUGGUGAAAUCUCGUCGGAAAAUGACGUCAUGUGAAUUAAAUAUUACUGUAUCAAUUAUGGGGACCAAAAUGGAAAUAGAGAAAAAAUCUUGGGGGUCAUGUGUCCCAUUGUUGACAAAAAAAAAUGUGAAUUAAUUAGUGUAUAUUUUUAUUUUAUUUUUGUUAAUUUUUUUUUUUAAUCUUUUGCUUGGAAAAUAAUUUAUGAUUUGGCUUGUUCUGUAGAUUUCAACUUUACUAUCUUUGGAAUUUGGAUAUUCCCUCUCCAUUGAGGUUUUCACCAUGCAUUAUUGGUUAAAUAAAUAAAGAUAAUGAAAGUUAUACAAAUUUUAUGUAAA